CUUCUCAGCCCUCAAAGACAGACCGACAGACAGAUAGACAGCUGGCAAGAGGCAGCCUGGGGACACAGCUGCUGCAGCAGACAGCAUGGCUGAGUGAGCCGCCCUGGGCCAGCACCACCCCAGCAUGGUCCAGGCCUGUGGGGAGCACUCCAGAGAACAGCCAUCAGCCUCAUCUUUGGGGGCAGCCAUGAGCCAGCCUGCACCCACCAAAGCACCAGCCAAGAAGCAUGUGCGGCUGCAGGAGAGGCGGGGCUCCAACGUGGCUCUGAUGCUGGACGUGAAGUCCCUGGCCACCGUGGAACCCAUCUGCUCAGUGAACACACCCCGUGAGGUCACCCUACACUUUCUGCGCACAGCUGGACACCCCCUUACCUGCUGGGCCCUGCAGCACCAGCCACCCAGCCCCAAGCAGCUGGAGGAGGAAUUCUUGAAGAUCCCCUCAAACUUUGUCAGCCCUGAAGACUUGGACAUCCCUGGCCAUGCCUCCAAAGAUCGAUACAAGACCAUCUUACCAAAUCCCCAGAGCCGUGUCUGUCUUGGCCGGGCACAGAGCCAGGAGGAUGGAGACUACAUCAAUGCCAACUACAUCCGAGGCUAUGAUGGGCAGGACAAGGUCUACAUUGCAACCCAGGGCCCCAUGCCCAACACUGUGUCGGACUUCUGGGAGAUGGUGUGGCAGGAAGAUGUGUGUCUCAUCGUCAUGCUCACGCAACUCCGUGAGGGCAAGGAGAAAUGUGUCCACUACUGGCCCACAGAAGAGGAAACUUAUGGACCCUUCCAGAUCCGCACCCAGGACAUGAAGGAGUGCCCCGAAUACACCGUGCGGCAGCUCAGCGUCCAGCUCCGGGAGGAAUGCCGCUCGGUAAAGCACAUCCUCUUCUCAGCCUGGCCCGACCACCAGACUCCGGAAUCGGCUGGGCCCCUACUGCGACUGGUGGCCGAGGUGGACGAAAGCCCGGAGACGGCCACCAACACUGGGCCCAUCGUGGUCCACUGCAGGGAUUGGCCGGACCGGCUGCUUCAUCGCCACACGGAUAGGCUGCCAGCAGCUGAAGGCCCGAGCAGAAGUGGACAUCCUGGGUAUCGUGUGCCAACUGCGGCUAGACAGAGGGGGGAUGAUCCAGACCGCGGAGCAGUACCAGUUCCUGCACCACACUUUGGCCCUGUACGCAGCCCAGCUGCCCCAGGAGCCCAGCCCCUGACCUCUGAGCCCUCCACGACCCCGCUGCCAACCACCCUUCAGGCCUGGGGAAGGGGGCUGUGUGAUCUGCGGCAUCCCAGCCCGCAUGGGUGAGGGGAAGAGGUGCUGCACUAGGCCACGCUGACGGUCCCAGCAAAGGGUAGGAGCCAGGUCUUGCCCAGGGCCCACUCCUCCGCUUCCUCUAGCGCCCCCACAUGGACAGCACGGGAAGCCUCCCUGCCUGAAUUUAAAGAUAGGAGCUGGCACUCGGCAGAUUGAGAAAGAAGUCCAGCUGCACCAAUCUUCUCCAAGAUGCUCAUUGUGAGCUCCAGUUUCCUCAUCCAGGACAUGGACACGAGUGCUUUGCUGCCACAAAGGAAGCCGUCCGGAAAGCUCGCAGAAGUUGUCCCAGCCCUGUCCCCUCUUCCGAGGCCGGCAAGAGUGUGACCCCAAGCUCACCUGCCACCCAGGCCCUGCCCAAACUAGGCCAGGGGCAGGAGCUGGGAAAAGUCUGGUCCUGAGCUUGGUCAGAUUCUCAACAUCUCAGCAACUCUGCCCCAUACAUCUGUGAUUGCCAGAUGAAUGCCCCUAAAGAGAAUCAGGACCCAGACUGGCCCUGUUUUCACACCUGUGUCCUGGGAGGAGACCAUGGCGGUGACCAGGCCUGGCAGUAGAAAUCUCUAGAAGAGGGAACAUGUGGGAAACAUUCAGAGGCCGGGAGAGUGGCCCCUGCUUCCCUAACCGCCUACCACUCACCCCAGCCACCCUCUCAGGGGCACCCAGCGUGCUCCACUUUGCUUCCAUGACCUGAGAAGAUACCUGUGAUACCCAGGAAGUGCCAAAGAUCGAGGAGAGAAGAGCAGUCGAAGAGUUUGUUCUGCUUUGAGAAAACCCACCCCCACCAUAAUCCCAGAGGCCUAAUUCCCCUUGUCAGUCUUGGCUUCAGCCCAAUUCCCAGGGGCCCCAGAUCUAUCUCAGGGCUGAACUACACCCCACAGGAAGCCACCCGAGCCCUCAGCCUUCUGUGCCUCUGGCGGGGCACGUAAGGCACCAUUCUCCCUCGCCCUCACCAGGCGUCUGCCCUAACUGGGCUCUGCUCCCUAUGGAACCCUGCUCUCGGAGAGUGGCCAAGCUCCCCCUCCAUGACAUCUUGUCGGAAGGGUACUCAGUGCUGGUGCUGCCGCUGAGGUAAACUCUGCAUGCUUCCGCUUGGCCUUACUGAGGAGCUUCUGUCCUUAGGCCCUGGGAUGGGCUCCCCUGCACCUCCACCUGCCUAAGCCUGCGAAGGCACUGUCUGCUCCCCAGCUAGGUGGCAGCUCCCAAGUGCCUGGUCCUGCCUGAUCACACCCAGUCUGGAGGGAGGCAGUUGCGUCACCCUGUGGGCGUAGCUCCCUGGACUGUCACCCACUGUCCCCAUUCAGAGCUCAGGGGGUACAAGCUCUUGAAAAGUAACCAAGUGGAAAAAAUAAAGACUUCCUGGUUCA